AUGGAUGGGAGCAAGUACAGAUCAAAGGGCUAUGCAAUGGCCAAUGCCGGCAGGAAGCUCCCCUACGUUUUCCUGCUGCUGGUGGCCCUCGCAGCCGGUGUGCUGAGCAUCGUCGUCCUGCAGAAGGUGAGGGAGCAGCGUGUCUUUGCUGGGCGUCUCCAGGAACGUGACCGGCAGCUUGUCUCCGUUCGGAUCCUUCUCCAGAAAGAGAAGGCAAUUAACAAAGAGAUGAAGAGGAAGGUGGAAGAAAUGAAAGCAACAACAUCUUCACUUAGAACUCAGAAGAUAGACCAGAAAACCAAACUCAAGGGAAUGGAAACCACAGUUGCAAAUCUUAAGAAGACUCAAAAAGAUCUGGAAGCAGCUCUCGCAGAAAAAGAUAACCGCAUCAAUCUAAUGGAAGAGGCAGCCACAAAUCUCAAGAAGGCUAGAAAACAACUGGAGGCAGCUCUCACGGAGAAAGACAGACACAUCAAACACAUGGAAGAGAAGACCAAAAAUGCUACCAACACUCAAAAAGAGUUGGAAGCAGCUCUCUCGGAGAAAAACAGCCGCAUCAGACAAAUGGAAGAGAAAGCCACAGGUUCAAACCCUGACCAGAUGGCAGCUCUGAUGGAAAUCCUGCAACGGAAGGAGGCCGAACUCGAAGAGAUCAAGACGAGGUUCCAAGAUUUCAAGAAACCAGACAGAGCCGAGGUGAAUAGAAAGAGCACUCCUAUGCAAAUGAACAAUGCCAGUGCAACACCAAACGUCGUGCUAGUCACAAAGGCUACAAACUCAAGCAGUGUGGCUCUUCCCAUCAAGUCUGAAGAAAAGAGAUCUGCCAAUUCCACAGCAGUAGGAAAUGCCAAACCUGAAGAAAAGAGAUCUGCCAAUUCCACAGCAGUAGGAAUUGCCAAACCUGAAGAAAAGAGACCUGCCAAUACCACAGUAGCAGAAAGUAAGCGCCCAAUACAGAGAUCUUUAGAAGAAAAGCUGGUGAAGUCCACAACUAGUAUGGAAGAUGAUGGCAUACAAGGAAACUUAAAUGAUUUUGAUGACGAUAUAGAUUUUGAUGAUAUUUAUGGAGAAAGUCGUUCAAAAAAAUCUGGAUCCUCUCGGAGGAACAAGGAGUUUCCAAGCAACAAAAUGGAUAACAUUGAACAGUCUGAGAACUCCCUAGAUCAGGACAGUGACAGGGUCCGAUAUAAUAGGCUGCUGGAGAAGCAAUAUACUAAAGUUGCCAACAAAACCAAGAAGAACAACAACGCUCAGGGUACCUUGGAGAAGAUCUCCAAAGAUAACUCAAUUGGUGCCGGCCAUACUGCAUCCAAAAAGGCAGUGGAAGGGAUGACCGGUGCUGCUGGUGUGAAACCGAACAUUAAGAUACCAGUAAACAGCGAUGAGGCGAAGCAGCAAAACAGCAAGCAGAAAAAGAAAAGGUCUAAGUCCAAAAACAAGAAGAUGGUCGAUGUUGCAGUUGCUAAUGUUGGUAGCGCAUUCGCUAAACAAAGGACACCGGAUGGCACAUCAGUCUCAAAGUAA